AUGGCAGGACAAUCGGAGAAAAAACGAUUAAGAAAAGCGAGCGCAUUUAUUAUUUAUGCCUCCCCCUUCUUUAGCAUUUUUUCGUUUGUUUAUAUUAUAUUCACAUUUUGUUUUAGAUAUAAUUUAAUUACCAAAAAUAUCUUUCUAAUGCAUUGUAUCCUAUUUUUUUGUUAUUAUUAUUCAAUAAAAAAUAUACAUUAUGGCUUGACCAAUGGGCUAAAUUUUACGUAUUACACAGAUGUACUGAUUUUGUCCUUUGUUAUCAAUAUAGGCUUGUUUUAUUCCUUUAAAUUUUUUUAUAUAUAUAUAAUUAUACCUAUAUACGCAAUUUUUAAAGUUUUUAAUUUUAUUUUUAAGUACUUCUUAAGCUCACCGUUGAGCACCGUCGAUUCACAUGGAAAAAUUGAACAAACCGAAAAAAAAAAAACAAAAAUUGUGUAUAAAAAGGUUUAUUAA